UUUAGUCAACAAAACCGCGGUUCGGACUGCAUUUACGUUGAUUUCCUUAUAAACAAAUGUUAUUCCGAUGAAUCUGUGUGAUUUCCUUUGAAUUUUUCGUUGAGCCAAUGUAAUUUCGUAGAGGAUAUUGGUUUUAUUUGAAUUUCCUUUUGUUCGGUUCAAAUUGUAUUUUCAAUUGACAAUGUUUACGUUUUGAGAGUUUCGUCCUGUGCAAAUAAAUUAUGUAAAACUUCAGUUUGUUUGUAAUUUUUUAUAAUUUAAAUAGUGAUAGUGAAGUGACAGUGCUCGAAAAUCCGGGAAAAUAUCUUAAUUAUUUUAUUUUUCGUUUAUAAUCGAAAGCGGUACGUGUCGAGACAUUUCUAAUUGAUGCCAACUAACAUUCAAAUAAUGUUAGUGUAAACGUACAAGAGGUCGAAUUAUAUGAAUCAGAUGACGAGGCUUCGUUAAUCCGAAAAACAAUAGUCUGAGGUGUUCGUCUUGAGAUCAAACCCUUAACUGACAUGGAGGACAAAAUAAUUUGGAAAUGACAGCGAUGAAUCAAAGAACCAAGAAAAACUUCAAUCAACUUAUACGCUCAAAAUUCAGUUAUAGCUGAAAGAGCCAUGUAAAAACAAAUGAAGGCUUUUUUCAUAUCGAAGAAGCAUAUCUGCAAAGUUAUAUUAAACUUAAAACAUAUCCGAAUCUUUGAAGCUAGUCACCUUUUGUGAUUUUAAAUAUAGUUUAUUGCUCAACUAGAAAGUGUACACUAAAACAACUUGAAAUAUUUGAGAUGCAUUAAGAGAGUUAAGACUCACUAGGAUAAAAUAAAUGAAAUUAACAAAUAUGAAAUACUACAGCAUGUUCUUCUUGAGGAGGCGAACCCUGAUACUGAAAGCUGUUCUCAUACUGACAGCUUUAUGGUUUAUGAUAGCCCUGUUAACUACAAAUGGCGGUUCACGGAACGCUAUUGGCGCUCAGCCAGUUGAAUACGAGGAUGCUGAAGCGAAACCGUUGAAAAUGGCCAAACCUACGUCGACAAGAAGGAAGAGUGAAUCGUAUGGCAACAAUCUCUCGGACGCACGAUCGCGGGUUGAUUGGCUCGGUCGAAUCGCUGGGAGCGAAGGUCUAGGCGUGUUAGCUGCGCCCGGUUCGGACAAUGCUCCCGGUGAACUUGGCAAACCAGUCGUACUGCCAAAGAACUUAACCGAAGAAACAAAACAGGCUGUCGCCGAGGGCUGGAAAAAGAACGCAUUCAAUCAAUAUGUGAGCGAUCUUAUAUCGAUCAGGAGGAAAUUACCGGAUCCUAGAGAUGAGUGGUGCAAGCAACCUGGAAGGUAUUUGGAAGAUUUACCACAGACCUCGGUCGUAAUAUGCUUCCACAAUGAAGCGUGGUCAGUGUUGUUGAGAACUGUGCAUUCGGUUUUGGACCGAUCACCAGCGCAUCUGAUCAAAGAAAUCAUACUUGUUGAUGAUUUUUCUGAUAUGCCACACUUGAUGCAGCAACUGGACGAUUAUAUGUCGUCACUCCCCAAGGUUAGAAUAGUAAGAGCAACACGCCGUGAAGGCUUAAUCAGGGCCAGAUUGAUCGGCGCCCGAUACGUGACCGCCCCUAUUCUAACCUAUCUCGACAGUCAUUGCGAAUGUACUGAAGGUUGGCUGGAGCCCCUUCUUGAUAGGAUCGCGCGUAACAAAACGACCGUCGUCUGUCCUGUCAUUGAUGUAAUUGAUGACAAUACUCUGGAGUAUCACUAUAGGGAUUCUUCAUCUGUCAACGUUGGUGGUUUCGACUGGAAUUUACAGUUUAAUUGGCAUCCGGUACCAUCGAAGGAACGCGCCAAGCAUCAGAAUACAGCAGAACCGGUUUGGUCUCCGACUAUGGCCGGUGGCCUCUUUGCGAUUGAUAAGGAGUUCUUCGAAAAACUUGGAACCUACGAUAACGGAUUCGAUAUUUGGGGCGGUGAAAAUUUGGAAUUAUCUUUUAAGACGUGGAUGUGUGGAGGAACUCUUGAAAUUGUGCCGUGCUCUCACGUUGGACAUAUUUUUAGAAAACGAUCUCCAUACAAGUGGCGAACAGGAGUUAAUGUUUUAAAAAAGAAUUCCGUGAGACUGGCAGAGGUUUGGCUCGAUGAUUACGCCAAAUAUUAUUAUCAACGUGUAGGUAACGAUAAAGGGGACUACGGUGAUGUCAGCAGCCGCAAAACACUGAGAAAAAAUCUCGGCUGCAAAUCUUUCGAAUGGUACUUGAAAAACAUCUAUCCGGAAUUGUUUAUCCCUGGAGAAUCGGUUGCUCAUGGAGAGAUACGCAAUAUUGGCUUCCAAAAGAUUUGUCUGGACUCUCCAACCCGCAAGUCAGAUCACCAUAAGCCAGUCGGACUUUACCCGUGCCACCGACAGGGAGGAAAUCAGUACUGGAUGUAUUCGAAAAACGGAGAGAUACGUCGCGAUGAAACUUGCUUGGACUAUUCCGGGCACGAUGUUGUAUUGUACCCUUGUCACGGUGCUAAGGGAAAUCAAUUAUGGUUGUACGAUCCUAAUACAAAGCUACUAAAACAUGGCUCAAGCGAGAAAUGCAUGGCUAUUUCUCGUAAUAAGGACAAGAUCACCAUGGAAACGUGCAAAGAAUCAGAAGACAGGCAGAAAUGGACAAUGGAGAAUUUCAAUGCUGAGCGCCUCAGUCCAGAACUUAUAGCUGAGAUCCAGUAGCCAGAGGCCUACGAAGAAAUCUUAUUCAUUUAAGAUUCAAAGACUUGAUGAUAAAGACUUGAGUGAGUGACGUAGUUGUGUUAUAAGGAUCACUUGUUGUCAAAUGCAACUUUUGCGUUCUAGUGAAUAUUGACGAAUUUUAUUGGCGUUCUUAUUGUAGACGUACGAUUUACUGGACAUUAUGGACUUGUCAUCAUAUCUUAAAGUUUUACUAAUUGAUACAGCCAGAGCUAUGCCUGGUUUAUGUAAUCGUUUCUCGAAUACAAGCAAGCGCAAAUAUUAGGAUAUUCUCUUGUCUUGUAAUAUAACAUUGUUAUGAAUUUCAGUAGUUCCAUUUGGAAGUAUCUAUCUGUUGUCGUCUUCUUGUCUUUCGUCUGAUUGAUAUGAGAUUAUAUAUGACCGUAAGAACCGCAGUAAAGUAGUGCCAAGUGCCCACGUAUGGUCGCAUCGUAUACAACGUUUUCGCCUGCUUUUAUUCGAGAAACUGUCUUUGUGUAGAAAGACCCUUAGUGAAUAAAUUCUUUGCGAGACAAGAAAUUUUGUAAUGUAUAAUAAAAUGGAUUAAGUUCAGGGAAGUUGAACCCGCAAUUAUGAUUGCUUCUGUAUGUGUUACUGGUUCGUGUUGAUUAUGGAUUUAAGAUGUAUGGCUAGUGUGCAAUUUUGUUUGAUAUGUAUUUUGAAAUUUUUAAUGUAUGUAAAUCUAAUGAAGGAAACCUUUAUUAAGAUUUGUUGUUGCUGCUAUUUCUUGUUGUUUGAGAGUUUAUAUUCGGCCUAGUUGUAGACUGAUGCAAGUUUUUUUUUAGGUAAUUAUUUUAUUUAGGUUCCUAAUUCUUAAUUCUAAAUAAAAUGUCUGAAAUUAGUUUCGCGACGAACAGAGAAGAACGUAAAAUUUCAAACAGGAAUUUUCUUAGGGAUGUUUCUUUCGGAUUUCAUAUCAAACUAACAUAUCUUUAUAAAUGUUUAGAAUUUUAAUAGCUAAUUAAUUAUACUUCAUUUUGUACAUUUUUAAUUCUAUGAUCGUAAAAGAACUCUUCUGAGGUAUUGUAUUCAAGUAUUAAUGUACUACUUAGGUUUUAAUACAAAAUUGUAAAAGUGUGUAAAUAAAUGAUUUUAAUGUUAAUAUUAAAUAUUUACAAAAUAUACCCAGUACCUAUUAUAACUAGUAUCAUAAAUUUAAUAUAUUAUGUAAUUAUUGGUAGAUAGUGAUUUUCAUUUCAAUAUAUCCGGUUUUCUUUUUUUAUUAAAUAAUAGUCAUAAUAUGUCUUCGAGUUCUACGCUCAUUUUCAAAUCUGAAUGAUAAUAUUUCUCUUAUCACCAUUUCAAUGGGAAAAAACAACACGUUAAUUGUAACUAAGAUUUUUAUAAAUGUUACUAAAUAAAUUCGUUUUCCUUUAUUUUCUUUGAUGUUACAAUUAAAUAUAGUCAUAUAGCAGGGAAACUUUCGCAUAGAUUUAAAAAAAUUCUUAGGUUUAAUGAUUUGUAAUUUGAAAAAUUCUAAAACUUUUUUUUUUAAUUACAAAUUUAUUUUCUUUCUGUAAAGGAGAAACGUUUCUUUUAAACUGACUGAAUGUUUUUAGAAUUUAAUUAAUUACAUUCCUAUUGUUUUGAAAGUGCUAUCCAAUAUAAUGUUUAAGUAUUUCUAUAAUCUUUCGAAUCUCCUUGAACGAUUUUAGCAUUCCCGUAUAUUAUUCCAAACGGUAUGUUCAAAAGUUUAUUUUAUUUAAAAACAAUAUCCGACCUAUUUUCAGAUUACGCACAGUAAAUGUACUCAAAAGGAAACCCUAAGACUUCAUUUUGUAAUACUGACGUUUCAAAUGGUAAUAUUUUUUUUUUCGUCUCCUUUAUAAAUUUUCAGUAAUAAAAUAAUUAUUUAUCGUGGUAGACCCGAAAUAUUUGGGGGUCUGGAAUAUAGCGAUGAUGAAAAGUACCAUCUACACAUACAUAACAAACAAAAAUAUUUUUUCUUAAUUUUUAAAAUAUGACGUUAAAAUUAAAAAUUGUUUUAUAAAUUCCAAUAAGAAGUUUUUUUUUUUUUUAAAUCAGUAUACUAUUCAAAUUUUCGCAAAUAUCUGUAUUAUUAAAUAACGUAGUAUUAUCGACUUCUAUGCCAUUUUAUCAUUCCGGUGUCAAAUUGAUUAGUAAAUAAACUUAAAAUACAUGUAAAUAGAGUUCAGCUUAUUUAUAGAAUUGUAAUAUCCGAUUAAAAAUUGAUAUAGUAAAAAAAAUUAAUGUGCCUUAUACUUUUAAAUUAUAGUUAGUUAUAUUUGAAUGUUGAAAAUUUUCUGUAUAUUAUUGCUGUCUCCAAUUGUAAUAUAAAUUAGGAUAAAAGUAGCGUAAAUUAGUUGACUGGGGUAGUAUUUGUAAAAUAAAGCAUUGUUUGAUUUUUA